CUUCGCUCUUCGCUCCCAUUGACACUCAAUUCACCUCUUCAUACCCAAUUCUCAUUUCCUAGAACGCGUCGUUGUCUCCUUACAAGUACGGUAAUAUAGCCAGGAUGCAUCCGAGUAGCAGAAAGCCCGAUCAAGGUAACGUCAGAUAGCACAGCGCAUGAGACCGGUGUUCGCUCGUCAACGUCUUUGUUGGCGGCGAUCUGAGAUAUACGGUCUGAACUUGAUCAGGUUAAAGCCUGCGAAAGGACUCAUGCUUUGCUUCCCUCGCUCCGAGGCUGCUACUAAUGGCUGUAGGUCGCCGACGUCAUGGAACCCAACACGAACCCGCCUAAUGACAAGAAAUCUGUAUUUGCGCCGCAUGCGAGCAACGAGCUCCGACCGCCUGUCAGCGCACGCGAUACUGAGAAUGAAGACCUGGCACAAAAGAGCAAGUGGCAGGACAUGUGGAAGUCCUUUGAGAGACAGCUUGUCGCGUACAACCUUGAGGCGCGCGGCAUAGAACGCGUCGAGCCAGAGGAGCGACAGGACUUGCGUCUGCUUGGCUACUCCCAAGUGGCCAUAAUGUGGUUCAGCGUCAAUCUUGCGGCGAACAACAUCACGCUGGGCAUGCUCGGUCCUGCUGUCUUUGCCCUUGGUUUCCUCGAUGCUUGUUUGCUCGGCGUUUUCGGCGCAUUCGUUGGCUGUCUAGUGGUGGCUUACAUCGCGACGUUUGGCCCAAAGGGUGGGAAUCGGACUAUGAUCUUCUCACGAUACGUCACGGGCUGGUGGCCAUCCAAGGUCGUUGUCUUGCUCAACAUCAUCGUCCUGCUCGGCUACGGCAUGAUCGACUGUGUAGUCGCCGGACAGAUUCUUUCCGCUGUCUCGGACAACUCCAUGUCCGUCGUAGUCGGCAUCAUUAUUGUAGCCAUCAUCGCGUGGGCUAUCACUACCUUUGGCUACCAGAUCUUUCACUAUUAUGAGCGCUGGGCUUGGCUACCGCAGCUGAUUGUGCUCUGCAUCCUAGCUGGCCUUGCUGGUCCGCAGUUUAAUAUUUCCUCUGAGUCUCACGGAGAUGAAAACCCAGACACUAUCAUUGGCAAUCGCAUCAGCUUCUUCGGCUUGACGCUCGCCGCAGCUAUCACAUACGGUGGCGGAGCAGCCGACUACUUCGUCUACUACCCGGAACACGCAUCGUCAUUCAAAAUAUUUGGCAUGACCAUGCUAGGUCUAAUGUGCAGUUUCACCUUCGCCUUCAUCUUGGGUAUCGGCCUCGCAUGCGGUAUGCUGACCAACACGGACUGGGAAGCAGCGUACGGAAUAUCGCAAGGCGCUCUCAUAGUCGAAGCGUACAAACCGCUAGGCGCGUUCGGUUCCUUCUGCGGCGUGGUGGUUGCCUUGGGUCUUGUCGCCAACCUCAUUGUCCCUACAUACUCUUCCGGGAUUGAUGCGCAGAUACUGGGACGUUAUGCGGGUGCUGUACCAAGAGUGAUCUGGAAUACCGUUGGUGUAGUCAUCUAUACAGUCUGCGCAUUAGCCGGACGCGCACAUCUUGCUGAGAUUUUCACCAACUUUCUAGCUCUCAUGGGCUAUUGGGUCUCUGUCUGGAUCGCGGUUAUCCUGGAAGAGCACUUGGUCUUCUGUCGCAAGACCGGCUUCAACUGGCAAGUCUGGAAUCAGAAGAAAAAGCUACCACUCGGUAUCGCCGCUUUUACAGCGUUCGUUAUUGGUUGGAUCGGCGCAAUCAUGUGUAUGGCUCAGGUUUGGUACAUUGGACCAAUCGCUAAACAGGUUGGAACUUACGGAGCCGAUAUGGGCAACUUUGUCGGUUUCGCGUGGGCUGCAAUUGUCUAUCCUCCUUUGAGAGCAUGGGAAUUGAAGCGAUUUGGCCGGUGAUCAAGAAGAUUCCUGAACACCCUAUGAACAUCACUGCCAUCAGGACAACAUGCUUGAACCUCAUACGCACCUGAUGGCCCUCCGGAAUCGUUGCUGCGCAAGUCAAAUAUGUCAAUCUCUCGUCAUUCGUUCGUACCAUUUCCGAUCUGUGAUGCGAUUGAUGGUCAGAGUAGAUCUCAAAUACUGGCCACAAGUUCAGGGUUCAAGCAUGUGCAGAUCGUAAGUUUGGCUCUGAGGUUGUGUCUGAAAUACAACCGUUCAAAUCAUCGAGCUAUCGCAGUGAUUCAUUUCAGUUCUCACGUCCACAAUCUUUCACUUCUCAUACUAUCAAGUCAUGUUCAUAGAUUAAUCAUGCUCUCGUC